AUGCGCUCGAACUCGUUUUUCUCGACGGGAAGCAAACUCCCUAAGGGAGAAGCGCCUCCAGGUCUGAUGUUGCUAUUCGAGCCGCGCCCGCAUGCGGAUAGCCAAAGUAUCAACAGCUUCUUCCGGGUACUUCUUAAUGCCAUUCGUAAGAGCUUCCAGGACAAGUUUGACCACGGCCUCGUCGGGGGCCAGGCCUACAGCUGGCUGAUGUCCGCUGUGGAUGAGGCCAUGGACUGCGCUACGCAGGAGCUGAACUCUCGGCAGGUGGAAGAUUUCAUGGACGAGGAGAUGAAGGCCGUGCACUCCAAGGCCGGUCGGGGCCUGCUUAUGGAUAUCCUGCAGCCCGUCCUGAUCGAGUACCUCUGCCUUCAGAAGCACGUUGGUCACAGUACCCUGCUGGACCGCGUUGCCGAGAGGGUGUCGGCUGCCAAAGCGUUCGCCUACCACACAGCGAAGGCGAAAGUCGAGACUCCGUGGGCGUUCAUCGAGACUCAUGAGGAACUGCUGGGCACGUCGAUGUCCAUUGAACGAUACCCGGCCCUGGUGGAGUGCAUCAACCGCGUGAUUGAGACUGCCCGUGCCGAUCUGGCCAUUCUGGCAGAAACGAUGCCCCUCCGCUACUUCUUCAGCAAGCACGGGAUGGCGCUGCGCAUCAUUUUGCACAACCGCGUCACUCAACUGGCCCGUGCCGCCAGCAAAGGCUGGAUUACAGACCAAGAGGCCGAGGUGCUCAUCGGCGAGCUUCAAGCACGGAUCCGAGAGGCCAACAACUUCUACCCUCGAAGCACCUACAUCCGGCUCGCCUGCUCGCGCAGCUGUGGGCCCAAGUUUGGUGCUCAGCCGCAGAAGAACGCCUGGGACGACUUCGACCUCGCCCUGCAGCCCUCCUUCGGUCAGGGCGUUUACAUCCCCGAGGCAGAGGCAACACCGGUUUUUACGUCGGAAGGUGUGAAGUUUCCACUGUGA